AUGGAAGAAAAUGAAGAGCAACACAAGGACUUGGCAGAAAUCGGGGGAGGAGGUAAGUCAACCCUAGUUUACUGGAUCGGGAUCUGCCUCGGGCUCGAGCUCGAGCUCACCGGAGUUCGUCGCGGGGAGGGCGGCAAAGCGCCGGAGAGGGAGGAGCUCGGGGAAGAGGGAGGAGGCACCGGUGGUAGGGGAGUGGACGGCGGCGAGGACGGCGCCGGGCGUCGGCGGGCGCGGACCCGCGGCGGCGCUGGUGCGGCGAGGCGGCGGGCGGCCGGAACAGCGGCGGCGGCGGGGAUCCCGCGCGGGCGGCGGAGCUGGGCCGGGAGGCGCGCGGGGCGCGGUCGGGCGGCGUACGGGCUCGGGCGGGCCCUCCUCGGGCUCUCGCCGGGCCGCGGGCGAUGGGUGGCGGCGGUGCUGACGUGGCGGGCGGACACUAUAGAAAUCGGGGGAGGAGGAAAGUCAACCCUAGUUUACUGGAUCGGGAUCUGGCUCGGGCUCGAGCUCGAGCUCGCCGGAGUUCUUCGCGGGGAGGGCGGCGAAGCGCCGGAGAGGGAGGAGCUCGGGGAAGAGGGAGGAGGCACCGGUGGCAGGGGAGUGGACGGCGGCGAGGACGGCGCCGGGCGUGGACCCGCGGCGGCGCUGGUCCGGCGAGGCGGCGGGCGGCCGGAACAGCGGCGGCGGCGGGGAUCCCGCGCGGGCGGCGGAGCUGGGCCGGGAGGCGCGCGGGGCGCGGUCGGGCGGCGUACGGGCUCGGGCGGGCCCUCCUCGGGCUCGCCGAGCCGCGGGCGGUGGGUGGCGGCGGUGCUGACAUGGCGGGCGGUGAGUGGCUGGGCGCAGCGGCGGGUGCGUCCGGCGGCGGCGGACGCGUCCGGUGGUGGCGGGGUGAUUUGCUAG